AUGGGGUUGAUAAAGAAGGUACUUAAUUGGUCUAAUGACAGCGAAUACGACUACCUGUCAGUAAAUCCCACAAGGGAAGAAGUGGCUCAUUAUAGAGUGGACCCUGAGAAUGAAGAUGAUAAUUCAAUUGUAAAAAUGAACACAGUAAAGGAUUUUGAUAGUAUCACCUGUUUAGACUACUCGGACAUAGAUGUUGGUCUAGUUGGUAUUGGAGAAAAAAACGGUAUCGUACGACUUUUUAAUAUUGUACCAGAUUCUUCAUUGUCAAACAAUUUCAAUCUGAGAGUGAGAGCGAAACAGCAGAGAACUGUGAAUAGUAUAGGGAUUAGCAGCAACGGUCUUAUAGCAAUUGGCAUGGAAAGAAACAGGCAUGACCCUUCUUUACAAAUAUGGGACAUAAACUAUCAAAGUACCGAUUCGAAUGUGGUAAACCCGUCAUUUUCUUAUUGUCUGAAUGAGACUUUAGUGUCCCUAAAGUUUCUCGACGACACAACAAUUAUAACUGGUACCACAAAGUUGUUGAAAGAGAUUGAUCUACGAUCACCAAAUCCAGUAUAUCAGCACCCAACUCGCCUCUCAUACGACAUUAAAAUAAAUCCGUUCAAUUGCUGGCAAUUUACCACGUAUGGUGACGAUGGUACUCUCGCAAUAUGGGACAGACGUAAACUUUCAACAAGCCCAACCUCAAAUGAAUUUCUGGAGACUCAACCUUUACUGAAAUUUGAAAAACUGAUGGGAUCAGGAAUGGCAACACGUAGAUUUUCUAAUGCUUGCUUUCGUUGGUCCGUAUUAAGAAGCGGAGAAUUUACAACACUACACGCUGGUCAAGUAAUCAGAAGAUGGCGCCUAGGGAGUGUUCCUCAAGAAGAAAACAGGUCAAGUGAUGGUGAGGAACAGGAGCUCUCAUCUAAGCCCCAUGAUGUUGAAUCAUUGUUUGUGUCAGCAGUCCAUGACAUCAAUACUACAUUCGACCGCGUGGCUACCUUUGAUUAUAUUCCAAGAGUAUCUGGAGUUACAAAUUUCAUUUGUAUGCGGCAAUCAGGAACUAUUUAUCGGAUGUCUCUUGAUGAAGGUAUAUCAAAAGCAGCCUUCAAUAGUAACAAUGACGUUCUAUUUUCGAACAACGACAGAUCGUACGUCGAGGAAUUGAGAAUAACUAACAACGACGAUAGUUUGGAAGCCAACCAUAUUGCAAAAGAAAUGAAAAAUUUGUCAUUUGAAGACCUUGACAUUAGCGAAGGUGAACUACAAUUCGAAAUAGAGGAGUCUGAAAGCAUAUCUCCGCAAGGCGAUGAAGAUGAUAGCCAACUUGAAGAUGCAGAUGAUGGUGCUAGUGCUAAUCGAGAAAUGUCAUCAAGUGGCAACUAUUCUUUUCUCUUAAAACCCGAACAGCUACUGCAAAAUGAUAUCAGCAUGAUCAUGAAAAGGCGCGCCCUUCUGGGUUAUGGCUUAGAUCCAAUGAGUACAGUAGAACUAAUCGAUUGCUCCAAAUCACUACAAAAUAAUGCAUAUAUCCGCAAUACUUGGAGAUGGCUUUCUAUUGCAAAGGCAUCUGUUGAUGAUGGUACAAUGGUGUCAGGCGAGCUCGACUUGGGAUACGAGGGUAUCCUUGGAAUCUGGAACGCAUUAGAUGGACUUUCGAAACAGGAUAGAUAUAGACAAGGGACCAUUUUUACUGAAAAGCAGCUGAACAAAGAGCUUGAAAAGAUUAUUCAAAUGAGAGGGAAGAACAAGUCGAGGGGAGGAAAUUCCAAUGGAUUGAGUACUUUUGCCAAUUCGAAUAAGCCAAUUCAGCGUAAACUUUGUAUGAUCAUAUCUGGAUGGGAUUUAACACCUGCAGAUUACGAAGAGAAAUAUCAAAACUUGAUAAAACUCAAUCAUUACGAAAAAGCUGCUGGAUGGGCUGUUUUCUUUGGCGACGUUACGAGGGCAAUUGAAAUUUUGAGUUCUGCGAAGAAGGAAAGAUUGAGGCUGAUUGCAACAGCAAUUGCAGGAUACCUGGCUUACAAAGAUCAACCCGGAAAUAACGCUUGGAGGCAACAGUGUAGGCGCAUGUCGUCUGAACUGGCCGAUCCCUAUUUGAGAGUCAUAUUCGGAUUUAUCGCCGACAAUGAUUGGUGGGAUAUACUAUAUGAGUCUGCCAUUUCUCUUCGGGAGAGAUUAGGUGUAGCUUUGCGUUUCUUAAAUGACAAAGAUCUGACAAGAUUUUUGGAGCGUACCGCUUCUACCGUAAUUAAAAAUGGUGAGCUGGAGGGUCUAAUUUUGACUGGUAUCACACCAAGCGGAAUAGACUUGUUACAGUCAUAUGUUGAUAAAACUAGUGACGUGCAGACAGCGGCUCUUAUUUCUGUGUUUGGGUGUCCAAGAUAUUUCAAAAACUCUCAAGUGCAGGAGUGGGUACAAACUUAUCGCAUCUUGCUCAAUUCCUGGGGAUUAUUUUCUAUCAGAGCUAAGUUUGAUGUACUGAGGACACGAUUGUCUAGGACAAGCCAAAAUGUAAUCACUGCGAAGACUAAACCGCGUCAACUUUAUAUCCAAUGCUUGAAAUGUAACAAGAACAUCAACAAGCCCGCUGAGGCGUCUUUAAGUUCGCGGGCACGUCAAAAUAGCAUGAUGAAGAACUUCACAGGAACUAAGAAAUUUGGAAUUACCAAUAACGCGGCUUCUAACCCCCAACAGAAACAUUCUUGCCCGCAUUGUGGCACACCCUUCCCAAGGUGCGCCAUCUGUCUCCUACCACUCGGAACAUCUAACUUACCUAUAGUUAUAAGUGGACGUGCCGAAAACUAUGACGGAAAGCCUACAAAUCCAGAAGAUGCGGAGCUUCAAGAGUUAAGGGAAGCAAAACGCCUAAAGUUAAAUGAAUGGUUCAGCUUUUGCCUGAGCUGCAAUCACGGGAUGCAUGCGGGCCAUGCAGAGGAGUGGUUCGAAAAGCACUUGAUAUGUCCCGUACCCGGUUGCUUCUGUAAUUGCAAUAAGUAG